CAGAGUUUUGUAGUACUGUACUGACAAAUGUAUCGGCCUCUGGGAGUCUCUUGGCCACUAAUGUUAUGGAUAUAUGAGAAGAACACAUCAUUAUUUCGGAAUUUUCCUCACAGGGUUUUCUUCUGUGUAACCUUCCAUGUUGGCGGAGCGACCUGCAGACAGAUCGUCGGUAUUUUAAAGAAGUUACAAAACCAAGCAGCUUCCACCCGGAGCUAACAGUGAGUACAGCUAGCUGCCUGUUAGCUCACAUUUAUCUGGAAAUGAGCUUGGAGCUGGGAUAGCUAGCCACCAAAGCAUAACCUGGCACCGCUGAAUGACUCGUACGGAUAAUUAUGUAUGCAACGAGUUGUCUCUGCUGAUUGUAAUCUCAAGAGGAAACAACAGGACAAAGACUGGCACAUCCCAUUCACCGUGUUUGGAGCCAGAGCCUUUGUAAUAAAACCCUUCACAGGUGCAGCAUCCGGACCAACCAUCAGACUGGAUUCACUUUUUUUGUGACCAAGGAUGAUCUUUUGGAAUUAAUAUUCAGUCCUGACACCUCCUACGUGUUUCCUCCAUAUACACAAAAGCAGUUUGCAGCACAAAAGAGGAGGCCACUGAUCAGCACUUUUUUUCGAGGUUGGAGAAGGAUACUUCAAACCUGGAAAACCUCAAGAUGCAGUCUCUAUCUUCCAUGCAUAAUAGCAACAUUUUUUCACAUUUGCGUUAAGGUCAUGUUUUAGGACGUUGCUCCAGAGAGGCUGUAUCCUCCAAGGGAUUGUUGUGGGAGGGUAUUAUCCAAGCCUCAGUGCUCUCUGCUGGGGAAGGAAGCAGAGGGAAAGCCCUGGAAGUCCCUGGAGAAGAAAACGGCCUGUAGCUGGGAGGCUGACGGUUACAUAACUAACAGGCGCGGUUGUUCGCAAACACAGUGGAUCAAGGAGACCAGUGGAGAAACUGAGGUUAAGUGUGUUCUGUGUUGCUGAAGCCGGCUGAUAUUACUCCCAUUUACUGUUCACACUUAAUCCCCAGGGCUCCUUAUCAACACAGCUGUAUUCACGUUUAACCUCCUAGGUGUAAUUUUAGCUCUCAGCAUUUUCAUUUACAUGGAUACUAAUGGAUGUUCUACUGGAUUUUCACCCAGAUGUUUUGGAAAGUACCACACCAUUACUUCCUGCUUUUUGUCUUCCAAUCACACCCCUGGUGCAGCUGGCAGGUGAGGUGGUUUGAAUCAGCCACCGGCGGGGUUUAGGGAUGCCCCGACACAGGAAAACCAGGCUACUCCAUUGGCCCGCUUACAGACUGCUGUUUCUAAUACGAGUCCUGGACUGAAAGCAAAUUGUCUCCCUCUCUGACAGAGAGCAAAAGGGUUGUCGUCUUUUUUUUUUAUUUACAAGACUUUUUCUCACACUGCUACAGCUGCGCAGACUGCUGAUCUGCGGGUGCUGAAAACUCCAGAAUCUCCAUAUAUUUUACUAGCACAGACUUGGCUACUAACAAUCCCAUGUCCCAUUUUUGGUCUGGACCUGCACUUUUUCUAAGCUGAAGAAGGUCACAGAGGAAGGAAAACCAAAAGCCAAGUCAGAUUAUCACACAGGACAUUUUCUCUUUCAAGCUGUCCUUUCUCUUUCUUUUCACUCUCAUUUUAUGUCUCGCUUUUGCUUUUCUUCUGUCUUAUUUGUUCAUCUCCUACCAAAACAGGUCUACCUCUGCCUACUCUUGUACCUCACAAAAGUCCCAUUUAUUUACCAAUCAAAUCAAAGUGUUCAGUCUACUGACCUGUCCACCAACCUGCUCACACCAGACACAAGACAUAGAAAGCACCAUUCUGUCACAAUUGAAUUUAAUUUCAAAUUUCAGUUUGAUCUGUCAAUCAAGGUUCAUCAGUUGUGCUGAGGUUUGAUAGUUAUGUAUUUCAAAUAGGACUUCAACAUCACUAAGGAACAAAAUUAUUGUGUCAGCAGAAGGGUCCAGAUACUUUUUUUAUAUCUAAAUAAUAGCCAUGUUUUUUUAAUUGCACUAUUAUGAUUUUCACCAAGCCUUUAUUUACCUUUCUAUACAACAAGCAGAUUUAGUCUUUUUAGACUGAUUUUAUUCUUGUGGACCCUUAAGAAUGAUCUAUUUCUAUUGGCUUGUAUUUUUAAUUGAUUGACAUGUUUGGUAGAGCAGAGUUGAACUAGUAUUGUGUAUUUGCCUGCGACUCUUAACAGGUAGCUGUCCGGACACCUUUUCCUCUUAACAAUCUGUGGCUUAUUUGUUUAUCCCGCAUUCCCACCUGUUUUUCUGGCUGACUGGAAAACAAAAGCUUUUACAGCAGUGACUUGUAAGCUUCUUUUAAUCUCUCACACACAGUUGAUCAGGAUUGACCUAAGAACCUAAGAAAACAAGUGUUGGCUCCUCCUCCCAUCUCAGUGUGCUGAUGCCAAGGAGUGUUUCCCUCUUUUCCACGAGAAAGAGGAAGUCCUUGUCAACUAUCCCUCCAUAUUUUUUUGUAUCUUUUUUUUCGCCAAUCCACCAUUUCUAACCCUAACUACAAAUCCACUCAAUACACCUAAAGAAACUGUUAACUCUGAAUGACGAAUCCCUCAGCAUAGCUGUUGCUGAACACAACACACACACAUCAACACACAGGAAGUGAUGCCAGGUGGCAGCAGUAAGAGCGGAGGGCGGGGUCCAUCCUCGUCACCCCUCCCCCACACCGUGGUCCCGCCCAGCAGACCCCUGCGACCCUCCCGCUACGUCCCUGUGUCAGCAGCCACUUUCUUCCUCGUUGGUUCCACCACGCUAUUCUUCUGCUUCACAUGUCCAUGGCUUUCAGAGCGUUUCUCAGUGGCCGUGCCCAUCUACAAUGGAGUCAUCUUCCUGUUUGUUUUGGCUAACUUCUGUAUGGCCACAUUCAUGGACCCCGGCAUCUUCCCGAGAGCCGAGGAGGACGAGGACAAGGAGGACGAUUUCCGUGCUCCCCUCUACAAGACGGUGGAGAUCAGAGGGAUCCAGGUCAGGAUGAAGUGGUGUUCAACUUGUCGCUUCUACAGGCCGCCACGGUGCUCCCACUGCUCCGUCUGUGACAACUGUGUCGAGGACUUCGACCACCACUGCCCGUGGGUGAACAACUGCAUCGGCAGGAGGAACUACCGCUACUUCUUCCUCUUCCUCCUGUCACUGACGGCUCACAUCAUAGCUGUGUUUGGCUUCGGCCUGCUCUUCAUCCUCUACCAUCGCCAGAACAUCGACCGCCUGCACGCCAUCGUCACGCUGGCUGUUAUGUGUGUCGCAGGCCUGUUCUUCAUUCCCGUUGCUGGCCUCACUGGUUUCCACAUAGUCCUUGUUGCCAGAGGCAGGACUACUAAUGAGCAGGUAACAGGGAAGUUUAGAGGGGGCGUUAACCCUUUCACCAAUGGCUGUUGGAAGAAUGUCUCUCAUGUCCUCUGCAGUUCACAAGCCCCCAGGUAUCUGGGCAGGAAGAAGUGUGUGCAGAGUGUGUGUGUGCAGCCUCCUUUUCUGCGGCCACAGCUGACUGAGGCGCAGCUGGCUGCAAAGAUCCUGGACAACGGCAUACAGGGAGAUCUGCAUAGGUCCAAGUCCAGUCUGGAGAUGAUGGAGAGCCAGUCAUGUGACGCUGAGCCUCCUCCUCCUCCUAAACCGGAGCUCCGCUACCCUGGAAUCACCAGAGGGAACACAGAGGAGUGCAGUCUACUGAACAAAGCCCCUCCCACCCCCACCAUGUACAAGUACAGGCCCAGCUACAGCCCUGGCAAGAACCACACAGCGCUCACACACGCUUACGCCAACCAGUUAAGUCGAGGGGAGAGUGUUGGCAGUGCCAGGGACUCUUCCUCCUCCACCUCCUCCCUCCUCCAGGCCAGCCAGCAGCCUGGUUUCCGCUCCCAGCCCAGCCUGGACCGCAGGGACACUUCAUCUGACAGAGUAGCAGGGGGAGGAGGUGGGGAGAGGAGAGAGGGAGGAAGAGAGGUGGGAGGAGGGGGUAUCCCUGGCUACUCCCUCGGCGGGCGCUCGUACCCCUCCUUCUCCGACCCCACCGUCCUAUCAGGAGUGGCAUCGCGAUCUUCCAGCUCCACACACACCUCAGCAGGCACCGCCCACGUCUCCGAGGCAACCAUCACCUCAGCCAGCUUCAAGAGCUUAGCCAAUCAGACACCACCACCUCACCACCCAUCCCGCAACGGAAGCCUGUCAUAUGACAACUUACUGGCAGGCAGCGACGAUUUCGACAAAGGGGUGGCAGCAGGUUCGGUAGCCCCUGAGGUUUCCUCUGGAAGACCCUGUACACCAGCGGCAGGCGGCUACACCUCCCCCUUUCUGUCAUCACAGCAGAGAGAUGCUGAGAUGCACUCCCAGUCCUCCCAGUCUCCCCAUCACCACCAUCACCACCGCUCCUCCCAUCACCACCAUCACCCCUUCCUCCAUCGUUCCUCCUCCUCCACGUCCUCCUCCCCGCCGCCUCCCCCCGAGAGGGAGCGUCUGCUGGGCGAGACCCACCCCAGCACUCACCCCCCACCUGCCAAUCAGGGCUCUGCUCCGCCCCCCUCCUCUGCCCCACCUCCACCACACCAUCACCACCAUCACUCCCAUCAUCACCACCACCAUUCCCAUCAUCACCACCACCACUCCUCCUCCUCCUCCUCCACCACCACCUCACGCCCCCCCCGCUUCGCUGCCCCCCAUGCACCCCCUCACCAUGCCUACCCCUACCGCACCCGCUCCACCGACACCCCUCUGGGCUCCUCCUCCACCUCCACAACCCACCCUCCCCGCUCCCCGCACCCCCCGCCUCUGGGCAAGUCGCUCUCUUACUCGAGCGCCGCCGCCGCCGAAAUGCAGUACCGGCUGGUCCGAAAGGCCUCGGCGUCAGCCGGAGCGAACGCAGCAGGGGUAGGAGGAGGAAGUGGAGGGAUGGGAGGAGGAGGAGGAGGAGGAAUACAAGCGCCGAAGGAUGAGCUGAUCCAGAUGAAACCUCUGAGUCAGACCAACGGCGGCCAGCCCUUCUCCUCUUCCUCCUGCUCCGCCCCUUCCUCCCCCUCUCACCCAAUCAGUGUGUCCGCCCGGCCCGGAUUGGCUUAUCCCAACUCGGCAUUGACGCAGAGUCCCGCCCACAAGCACCAGGGCAGCGGGGUGAAGAAGGUGACCGGCGUCGGCGGCACCACCUAUGAGAUUUCUGUCUGAUUGGUAGGCAGCUUCCAGCUCGAGGACCAAUCAGACAAUAUGAAGAUACUGCUGUCUCUUUCUGCCUUUUGAGGGGAACAAUUUAGGUUUUUUGGUGAUACAAGAAACCACUAUCCUCCCGAAGACUCCUGAGAAUUAGUGGAACUAUUUUCUCCCCAUCUCACUCUUUAUUGGCCGAAUGACUGCAUAGCUAAACUCUACUGUCCUGCCUCCAGCCAUCCACCUCAAUAACUCUGCUGGUAAAAUGAGACCUGGACUGAUAGAAGCCAGGACUUGCUGGCACUGGGCUGUUUUGUGGUAUAAAAGACAGUUUUCUGGAUCUCACUGGACCAAACACGAACCAUGAAUUGGCUCAUUUUUGUGGGUUUUAUCCUCACUGUAGCUCAGUAGGUAGCAAGUGGCACUAGCAUGGUCAGGUCUUGGUGUUGUGUUAUACAAGUAUAGCAGAGCAAGGCAUUAGCACUGCCAGGGUUAGGAGGCCACCAAUCACCUCUGGAUUAGGGUUUGGCUGCUGUGGGUUUACGAAGACUCCAUAUCAGAAAUUUGGGAUUGAAGCUGUGCUUAAGCAACGUUAGUGCCAAUAUUUAAUAUUUUAACACUCACGCUAUUAUAUUAUUGAACACCCCAUGAUGAGAACGAUGAUGAUGAUGAUGCACAGUCUGUGGAACCUGAUCCGAAUCAAAGUAGAAUUCAUUCACAGUUAAGGGCUUCCCAUAGACAGCCAGUUUAGUGUUAACUAAAUGUGUGAUCAGUCCCACUGAAGUCACAUUAGUUUUAAGUCAUAGCUAGUUUUUAAUGUGAGUUAUGGCCCCAGUUGAACCUUUUUAAGAGCAGCAUCCACCGAACAGAGCGUGGUGUGACUGCUUCAGACCAAGAAAACACAAGUGAUGUUUUUGUUCCCAGGUGUUGUGUGAUGCAUGGAGUCAGUAUUGCAGCCCAGGCAGAAUCCUUGUAACCUGUCGUCACUCUCCUCGAGGCCGUCGUCUCACUCACAGCCUUCCAGUCAGUCAUGGAAAUGCACAACACAGCCCGGCAGGAGGUAAAUAAUCUAGCAAAUAAGUCGGAUCUAUUAUUGACUCGUGACAAUCUUACCAGUGGCUGGACGGAGCGUCACCCAUGAACUCUUAUAUCGAUGUUGCAGUGUGAAUUGACUCGCCUUUCGAUCGAGGGAAGAAACAUGUGACUUUGGAAAAGAAAACUAAAUGCUGAUUCCCUCUUUCUUUGAUUCAGUUGUUGAUUUAUUCCUAGAUGUGAAUAUGAUUCCAUGUUUGUACAGGAUGAUGUGAUUUUAAAUGUGGAUUUCUUUUUAAAAAAAAAGGUGGCGUUCAUACCGGACUGCAGCAUGCACUACUAUUGCUACUAGCCACCAUAGGCCACUGUGUUUGGCUGUGGACCAUGUUGUCUGUUGAGCAAACAGGAAGUGAGGAAACUUAAGUGAACAAGGAAAUCAUGUUUUGGCCUUUUGUUGUUAAUGCGGUCCUUAAGACAAGGCAGAUUUUUCUAGAAAAUGAAUUCCUUGAGCAAUUGCCUUGAAAAUUCAAGUGUUGUCCUUUUUUUAUUUCACCUAUUUAAUUUGAAAUUGUUUUAUAUGAAUUUAUAUGGAAAUAUAGCUAUUGAUGAAUGAAGAGGUUUUUAAUAUUGACUGGUGUCAUCAGUUCCAGAAAAAAAGAUUAAAGCAGCUUUCUGAUUGGUUUUGGUUGAAACUCUACAGUUGAUCCACUGUUUUCUCUGAAAGUGUCAAAGUUGCAAUGUCCCAAAUGUCUUAUUUUCCGAGAGCACAGCUGGAGAAAAACAAAAAAAACGGCCCAGAACCUGUCAGACCAGACGCCUUAUUUAUAACAUGGUCUUACAGUCAAAUUGCAUCUUUAAUAAUGACUUCAAGUCAGUAGUUAUUUAUAAAAACCUGAUUUAACAUGGAAAUGAUAUGGCAGAGUAAUAGGGCUACUGUUCAGCCAUAUUGAGAAAAAAGUCAAAUAUUUUGAGAAUAAAUGUAUAAUUUUACAAGAUCAAUUUAUAAUUGUUUGAGGAAAAAAAGUAAAAUUUCAAGAAAAUAGGGUUAAAGUUGUAAUUAUAUGAAAAGUUGUUCAUUUUACAAGAAAGCAUUGCCAGAUCAAGCUGUAUUUUUAUGAAAGAAAAAGUUUUACAUUUACAAUAAAAUACACAGCAAAGUUGUAAAGCAAUGAGAAAAUGUACAUUUACAACAAAUUCACAAAUGGUGAUAAUUUAACAAGGUCAAAAAAGUCAGAUUAUAAAAGUAAAUUCACAAAAAGUCAUAUUUCAACACUUGAAUUGAAAACUGAAUUGAGAAAAAUAAUAAACUGAUAGUAUUUAAUGAAAUGAAUUUGAAUAUGAAGUCAAUAUAUGGAUGAAAGAAGACGUUCAUAAAUGAGGCUCCUAGUCUGACAUGUUGAAGAAAGUUGUGAUGAUGUAGUGAACACUUGUAAAACAUCAACAUCAACUAUCCAUCAUGUGCUAAACAUUUCCCAUUCAGUCGUCCACUCUGACACUUCGACAGCUUUCUGGGAUAAAAUCCAGCAAUUUGUCGCACCAGUUGUACAGUGAGUGUGAAGUUUACACUCAGUAUAACCUUCAAGUGAUCACACUUACAUUUGAUGUAAAGUAUGCAAAAAUACAAAUGUGUCUGACCGAGAAAGGUCUCAUCCACUUAAGAGUAGUGUGUAGUGCUGGAGAUGUGCAUGUAUUUUCAACAUUUUUCUCAUAAUGAAUUUUAAGAAAGCCUGCGCAACUGAAAUCUGGAUUCUGAGAGAAUCCUACUCGGUCCUGAAUCCAGCUACUGGAACCAGCUGUUUGAACUGGUGCGACAGAUUGCAGGACAACAUGUGUUUAACAGUUGUUGGUAAGUGAUGUAGUGCUUUGUAACUAUGUCAUCGCUUUGUAAUGGCCUGACAUAGUGGGCAGUAAGUAUGACUUUUAAUCACCGUUCAGUUUACAUCUUUAACCAUGUUGUCUUACUCGUCUGAGACACAAAUAGCAAAAACAUACAUUAGGACCACAUUACUCAUCACUGGAUAUGAUACGAGUAGUUGUGGUAAAAUAUAUUCACAUGUGCGACGUCUUACAACUCUUUCAUACAGUGAAGCCACUUAUCAGAGAAGGAAAUCCUGUGUCUGACUUCAUUUCUGUGCAGACAUGAAUGCUGUUUUUGAUCUGUGACAUCACAAGAAAAGAAAAAAAAUUCUGUAUUUCAUUUCAGCUUUAUUUUUUCAUUUUGCUGUAAUGUGAGGACUCUUCUUUGUUUGAGCAGAAUGGAUGGUAAAUGAAAAUGUGGGCUGUAGGUGAACGUUAGCGAGCGCAUUUCUGGCAGGCUUUGGCUGUGUUUGAUUAGGACGGCUGCUCUCAAAUCAAAGAAAUGACGUGUACUGUACAGCUUCGUGUGAGUGUGUUUGUGGAUGUAUGUAUGUUUGGAUGUGGUGAGGGGCUGGAGGAUUGAUAAUAAACUUCAAACAGACAAAGAAA